CUCAUCAACCCGCGCCGAUACGACAAUGAGCAACAUCGAGAAGAAGCAGGAGGCAGACUUCACCAAGGACGUGGAUGCGCUCCUUCCAGAGGCAGAGCAGCUGGCUCAGUCGGGAAAGCUCAAUGAAGCCCUGGACAAGAUUGCAGUGUUGGAGAAGAAGUCUCGCAACGCUGCAGACAUGGUCAGCACAACACGCCUGCUCCUAGGGUCCCUAGCCCUCAUCCGAACCACUCCCUCGACAUCUCAAACAAAUUGGCAGCUCUUGAGCGAGACCCUCAUCUCCUUUUCGAAGAAGCAUGGACAGCUGAAGCAGGCGACUACGAAGAUGGUCCAGAUGGCCAUCUGCUACCUUCACCCUCCGAAUACAGCUCCCGUCGCCCCCGCACAGCCGAUCAAGGAGGAGGACACCAAGAUGGAAGAGGCGGCAAAGACUGUAGAAAGCAAUGCAGAUGAGGGAGCAGAAAAGAAGAAGACGGAGAGAGAAAAGGACAAGGAGAGGAGAGCAGCUGAGAAGGAGAAGGAAGGCAAGGAGGCAGUAGAGGUGACCAAGCUCCUAGACUCUGCAAAGAGGACUGGUGAUGAGGGGCUGGAUCCAGCAUCGAGACGGAAAUUGGUAGAGACCAUUCGGCAGGUGACGGAAGGCAAGAUCUUCGUUGAGGUGGAAAGGGCUCGCGUGACCAAGAUGCUCUCUUCCAUGCUGUAUUCCGAAGGCAACAUCGACAAGGCCUUUGAAGUGCUGCAAGAGCUAGCAGUGGAGACUUUCGGCAGUAUGGAGCGGAGGGAGAAGUUCGAGUUCAUCAUUGAACAGAUGAGACUCAACUUUGAGAGGAAGGACUAUAUCCGCCUGGCGAUUGUGUCAAGGAAGAUCAAUCCGAAGUUCUUCAAGGAGGACGAGCAGCACGAUCUCAAGCUUCAAUAUUACGAUCUUAUGAUUCGCUACGGUCUUCAUGAGAAGAAGCAUCUAGACGUCUGCAAGUACUGGCGCGAGGUGUUGGAUACCCCAAGGGUGAAGGACGACGAGGCCAAGGCUGCCGAGGCGAGGAGAAACGUCAUCGUCUUCCUGGUCCUGAGUCCCUUUGACAAUGAGCAGAGCGACCUGAUGGCCAGGGUGGAGGCCACAGAGGAUCUCGAGGCUAUUCCUGAGCACAAGAAUCUGCUGAAAUGCUUCACUACGCCUGAGCUGAUGCGAUGGCCGGGUAUCGAGGCGCUAUAUGGCCCUCUGUUGCGAGGCACCCCGACCUUUGAUGACUCAGAGCAAGGCAGAUACCGAUGGGAAGAGCUUCAUAAGCGCGUGGUCGAGCAUAACAUUCGAGUGGUGGGCAAGUACUACACCAAGAUUACGCUGCCGCGUCUUGCGGAACUGCUUGACCUGCCUUUGCCCGAGGCCGAGUCGUCACUGUGCUCCCUGGUCACUUCUGGUACGGUGUGGGCGCGCAUCGACCGACCUGCAGGCAUCGUUUCACUUGCCAAGAAGAAGGAUGCUCAGGAGCACCUGAACACGUGGACUAACGACAUCAACAAGCUGAUGAGUCUUGUGGAGGAGGCCAGCCAUCUAAUCAACAGGGAGAGGGCCGUGGUCAGGGCCGGACUGGGUGCAUAGCCGGGUCGAGUACACGAGAGGUUGCGUCUGGUUGUCAUCGACGAGUUUUGUCGUGUCAAUGCAAAUAAAGCGUGGGCGCAUAAGACUGAGCCCAUCUUCAUACAAGUGCUGCCUCCUGUAGAGACGUGCGUGCUGUUCGGGCGGCUAGGGAUCGAUUCGUCGGAAGAAGGGGCGGAGGCGGGUUGGGUCCCUUUGCGGCCGAGAACAGAAGGACG